AUGUCAUCUUAUGAUCAAUGGACUGAGGCUGCGGCCAUUAUCAAACACAAUCACUUUGGUCUUCUACGAGAUAGAAUCAAACGAAGUCUGCACAUCAAUCUCUGCUCGAAUGAUGUUACACAAAUAUGUUCAAGCUCCACCAUCGACAAGGACACAUUCACAAUGUUCUACAAUCGCUAUCAAUCAUACUUUGACAAUACGGACUGUCUUAUGAAUGCAGUCAAAGCUGGCAACCUGCCUGUUGUUCAGAUACUUCUCGAGCAGACCAAGCCUGUUGUGUUUAAACGAGAGGUCGAAUUGAUGAAGGAGGCAAUAGAGCGCGGUCAUUACUACGUCGUCAAAUACCUUUGGGAUCUUGAAACACCAUCGCAUCGUGCCGAACUGGAGAGACGAUAUAAGUACCUGGUCAAGAGGGUCCUCGCAAAGAGAUCGUCCAAUACCAUCCGUUUGAUGCUCGAACCAAACUCAUUCACAAAGGAUCUUGCCGACAAGUAUCUGACAUACUCACUACAAAGACCACAAGACAUCAUACUCACAGAGGACCAACAACUCAUCGAGUCAUUGCUACCUGAUAUUGCAACAUCAAUCAACGAUGGUGAGCCAAUACCAUCGAUGAUGAGCAGACUUGGACAACAGGCUGAGAAGUUAAUAGCACAACUCAGGCUAAUGUGCUCAAGUUGUUCAAUCGAUACAGAUGGUCUAAAUGAUAUCGCAUCAUCGUUACUUGAGAAAUCAAUCAAGGACACAACAUCAUUACAACAACAACAUCAUGUUCCAGUCCAAUCUCAAAGUACACUGGACGAUGGUACUCGACUGGCCUUUAUCAAGAUUGGCGAGUUGUCUACAAUCAUCAAGGCAAAGACAGUGUUGAAGAAGAAGAUUGAUCGUGCCAAGUAUCAAACAUUCUUUUUGGAUGAUUAUAUACGAAGUGGUGACAGCCAUCUCAUACCAUACCUGAUCGAUCGAAACAUUGCCAAACACUACAGAGUCUUCAACAGCAUUGUCAAGUAUGGUUGUGUGGAGCAGGCUCAUUUGGCAAUCAAACAUAUAACAUCAAAUGUUAAUCCUGGUGCCCCACUCAAACGUCUCCCCACCACGCUCUAUCAGAGCUUCCUCGAUGCCCACGAUCAUAACAAGAGUCUCAAAGUGAUCAUCUAUCUCAACUCAAUGGGCAUCACUGUGAAGAAGAAUAUUGAUCGUCGGAUGUUCAAUGGUACAAUGGACAUGUUGCAAUUCUUAUUGUCCGAUGGCAACAAGAUAUUCCCUUUGAAUAGGUUGUCACUGUUUGUGUUUGACGGCAAGCAGCUCGAGUAUUCCAUGAGUACCAAGCCGAAUCUUAUCAAAAGGGAGUCCAUCAAGUUUAUUGCCAAGUUGGCCGCAAUGAAUGACAAUACAGAUAUCAUACAGGUACUACGACAACGCACUCCAAACCUUCUCACCCACUGUUUCCUAAGUCGAUAUUCAUUGCUCAAUGGUGGUCCUCAUCUAAGUGUCUUCAAACUGCUCACAGAGGCCAAGUUUCUAUUCUCCAUCGAUCCCACUGCCUGUAAAGGCAAAUUUGAGGAGCUGAUUCAAACUGCCAUUCAGGAUUACUCCCGUGUUGGACCACUCGAUUGUGUCUUGGAGUGGUCCGACAAGCUCGACGUCAAGUCACACGUCCUGACAACCAUUCUGCCUACAAAGACAAAGAUGUUGAUCAAUAGACAUGAGGUCCAAAUGCUACAACAUCUCUUGGACAUUGGAGCAGUGUUUGAUACAAAGGGCGUGCACAUGAUGGAGGCCUACAAAUCAAAUCCAUCAAUUCAAUCGAUAAUUGCAGAGUAUAGACUACGGAACUACGAGAAUAAGAAGCGUUCAAUGGACAAACAAACAACAUCUACAAAGCCAACCAAGGUGACAAAGAACUGA